AUGGGAAGAAGCCGAACUCGAUAUGUUCAGAAGAGCUGCACAAACUGUCGUAAAGAGAAAAGAAGAUGCAGUGAGGGCAUAAUCUGCAAAAGAUGCUCUGAUCGUGGUAGGGAAUGCAAGAGAAAUUGGGAUUCACAGAAAAGAGGACGAAAAAAAAAUAACACAGAUGGCAAUAGCGGGAAUAACAUGACCGAUGAAGCUAUAUUUAUAUUGGGGGAUAAUAAUCCUUUGGCCAUACCACCUGUCACCGAAGAAAAUGAACAAUCUUCUGUAUACAAAAAUUCCAGACUUGACUUGCCAAAGAAGAAAAAACAGUGCUUCGUUUCUUCUAUACUGAGAAUUCAGCUAAUUGAAGCUGAUUACGAAAAAGAAAGAGUGCUAUGA